AUGAGCGUCAUUGUUGGUCGCGCUUUACCAGACGUUCGCGAUGGUUUGAAGCCGGUUCACAAACGUGUUCUGUUUGCCAUGAGUGAGCUCAAUAACACCUAUAACCGUCCCUACGUGAAGUCUGCACGUGUGGUCGGUGAGGUCAUCGGUAAGUAUCACCCCCAUGGCGACAGCGCUGUGUAUGAGACAGCGGUACGCAUGGCGCAGGAUUUUUCCAUGCGUUAUCUGCUGGUCGACGGGCAGGGUAAUUUUGGUUCAAUAGACGGUGAUCCGCCUGCGGCAAUGCGUUACACCGAAAUCCGCAUGUCAAAAAUGGCCUCCGAGCUGCUUGCGGAUCUCGACAAAGACACUGUCGAUUUUGUGCCCAACUACGACGAAACCCUGACGAUGCCGGUCGUCUUGCCUACCCGUGUACCCAACCUGUUGGUCAAUGGUAGUUCCGGUAUUGCGGUAGGUAUGGCCACCAAUAUUCCGCCACACAACCUUACGGAAGUGAUCAAUGCCACGCUGGUACUGCUGGAUGAUAGUGCCACCAGUAUUGAUGAUCUGAUGCAGCACAUCACCGGGCCGGAUUUUCCAACCGCCGGUAUCAUCAAUGGCCGCGCAGGUAUUGUGCAGGCCUAUCGCACAGGUCGUGGCCGUAUUUACGUGCGCGCACGUGCGGAAGUCGUGGAGCUGAAAAAUGGCCGCGACCGCAUCAUUAUUCAUGAGAUUCCAUACCAGCUGAACAAGUCCAGGCUCAUUGAGAAAAUUGCUGAGCUGGUCAAAGAUAAAAAGAUUGAAGGCAUCACCGAGCUGCGUGACGAGUCAGAUAAAGACGGCUUACGCGUAGUCAUCGAAAUUCGCCGCGGCGAUUCCGGUGAGGUGGUUUUGAACAACCUUUAUACCCAGACCCAAUUACAACAGGUGUUUGGCAUCAACUGUGUAGCGCUGGUCGAUGGUCAGCCGAAGCUGCUGAAUCUGAAACAGAUGCUUGAAGCGUUCCUGCAGCACCGCCAGGAAGUGGUGACCCGCAGAACCCUGUAUCUUUUGCGUCGCGCGCGUCAGCGGGGUCAUAUCCUCGAAGGUCAGGCGGUAGCGCUUGCCAAUAUUGAUGAUGUUAUUGAGCUGAUCAAAAGCUCCGCGUCUGCAGCAGACGCCAGGGUAGCGCUGAUGGAGCGACGUUGGGUCGCCGAGGCUCUGUUUGAUCUGCUUGCGGAAGUGGGCUCGGACGCUUGUCGCCCCGACGGUCUCAGCGAGGAUUUCGGUUUUACCGAUAACCUUUAUCGUCUGACCGAAGAACAGGCUCAGGCCAUUCUGGAGAUUCGACUGCACCGUUUAACGGCCAUGGAGCAAGACAAGCUCAUGGCAGAUUACAAAGGCGUGCUGGAUGAAAUUGCUGAUCUGAUGGAUAUUCUCGGUUCUCAUGAAAGAUUACUGUCGGUUAUCCGUGAUGAGCUGAAUGAAAUCAAAAAGAAUUACGGCGAUGAGCGACGGACAGAGAUCGUCGCUACCCAGCAGGAUCUUUCGGUAGAAGAUCUAAUCAACGAAGAAGAGCUGGUGGUCACUAUUUCCCACCAGGGCUAUGGCAAAACACAGCCACUGGAUGUGUACCAGGCGCAGCGCCGUGGUGGUGUUGGUAAAGCCGCGACCUCUGUCAAAGACGAAGAUUUUGUGGAACACCUGGUUAUCGCAAACUCACACGAUCAGCUCCUGUGUUUCUCUGAUGUAGGAAAGGUUUACUGGCUGAAAGCGUUUCAGAUUCCCCAGGGCAGUCGGGGCGCAAAAGGCCGUCCUAUGAUUAACAUUCUGCCGCUGGCCGCCGAAGAGCGCAUCACAGCGAUCAUGCCCGUCAAGGAGUACGCAUCGGAUCAUUUUGUGUUUAUGGCAACUGCUAACGGCACUGUAAAGAAAACGCCGUUAGAACAGUUUUCACGGCCGCGUCCCAGUGGUCUGAUUGCACUGGAUCUGGAAGAGGGCAACACUCUGGUCGGUGUUGCCAUCACCAAUGGUUCCAGUGACGUGAUGUUGUGCAGCAGCGCAGGCAAAGCCGUGCGAUUUAAGGAAUCCGACGUACGGGCGAUGGGUCGCACGGCUAAAGGCGUACGUGGUAUCCGCCUGCAGAGUGGCCAACGUGUCAUCUCUCUGAUUAUUCCUGCCGAAGGCGGUACCGUUUUGACGGCCAGUGAAAAUGGCUACGGCAAACGCACGCCUAUCGAGGAGUAUCCAGUCAAAGGACGGGGUGGCCAGGGUGUUAUUGCCAUGCAAACCAGCGAUCGCAACGGCGCCAUGGUGGGUGCUGUACAGGUGUUUCCCGGUGAUGAACUGAUGCUGAUCAGCAACAUGGGCACCCUCGUGCGCACAGCUGCGGAUCAGGUUUCAGAACUGGGUCGCAAUACCCAGGGUGUACGUCUUAUCAAUGUGAAAGACGGUGAGCUGCUCAACAGUGUGGAGCGUAUCGCAGAGGCGGUGGUCCACGAAGCGGAUGCAGCCGCUGAAGCGGCUUUAAACGCAGCAUCUUCAGGUGACAGCGAAACCGAUACAGCGGAGAUGCUGGACUUUCAAGGUAGCGGCAUGUCGGUGAUGGAGAUGAGUCACCGAAGUAAAGAAUUUGUUGCAGUUGCAGCCAAGGCAGAAGCUGAUUUUCGUUCUCUGCUGGGUGUGUCUGACGAUUAUCAUGUGCUGUUUCUGCAGGGUGGUGCAACUACUCAGUUUGCAGCGAUCCCCCUGAAUUUAACUGCAUCUGGUGACGUAGUUGACUACAUCGAUACAGGUUCAUGGUCAGCCAAAGCGAUAAAAGAAGCCGGCAAAUAUUGCCUGGUUAAUGUUGCAGCCAGUAGUAAGAGUGGUCACUACAGCUACAUUCCUGAAGUGGACACCUGGCGGCUCAGUGACAAUGCCAGCUAUCUGCACCUCUGCUCCAACGAAACCAUUGGUGGGGUGCAGUUCAAAGAAUUUCCUAAGGUAUCAGCGCCUUUAGUGGCGGAUAUGUCGUCAGACUUUCUAUCCCGACCGGUGGAUGUUGAGCAGUUUGCGCUGAUUUACGGUGGCGCGCAGAAGAAUCUGGGUCCCGCGGGUCUAACGAUGGUGGUUGUACGUAAAGACCUGUGUGGUCAGGCGCGCCACGAAACACCUGGAACGCUGGAUUACGCCGUGCAGGCGGAUGCGGACUCCAUGUCGAAUACGCCGCCCACCUACGCGUGGUAUCUGGCGGGUCUGGUGUUUGAAUGGUUGAAGCAGCAGGGUGGUUUAGAUGCCAUCGCGGCAACAAAUCAACGCAAAGCAGACAAACUUUAUGCAGUGAUCGAUAACAGUAAUUUCUAUCAAUCUCCUGUGCAGCCGGAUGUGCGCUCCACGAUGAAUGUACCGUUUACCAUGCCCGACGAGGCGCUCGAUGCGCAAUUUGUCAGCGGCGCUCUGGAUCGUGGAAUGUCUGGCUUGAAAGGGCAUCGCAGUGUCGGCGGCAUGCGGGCCAGUAUUUAUAAUGCGGUACCCGAAGAUGCAGUGGAUGCCCUGAUUACCUACAUGCACGAGUUUGAGAAUGAACACGGGUUGUUCCGCGAAGUGAUCUCCUGCUGCUUGAACCUGGAGCUCCCUCUUACCGUGGCCUAUUUUGGCCCCGAGGGUACCUACACUGAAGCAGCUACGAUCAAACAGUUUGGUCACUUUGCGACUACCAAGCCGCUGGCCUCUAUUGAUGAGGUGUUCCGCGAAGUGGAGUCCCAGGCGGCCCACUAUGGCGUUGUGCCUGUAGAGAACAGCACUGAAGGCAUGGUGAAUCACACCCUCGACUGUUUCAUGGGUUCCAAAGUGAAGAUCUGUGCUGAGGUUGAGCUGGCCAUUCAUCAUGCGCUGUUGCGGGGCGAGGAUGCAGAAGGCGAAAUCACCGAAAUUCGUUCCCAUGCCCAGAGCCUGGCCCAGUGCCGGGGCUGGCUGGACCGCAAUUAUCCUGGUAUUCCGCGUAUCGCUGUGGCCAGUAAUGCGGAAGCGGCCAAACAGGCACUGACUCACCCGCAUAUUGCCGCGAUUGCAGGAGAAAUUGCUGCAGAUCGUUACGGCCUGCGCGUAUUGAGUGCCCGAAUUGAAGAUCAGCCUGAUAACAAAACGCGUUUUAUUGUGCUGGGCCAGGAGGAUGUAGGCCCCAGUGGCAAAGAUAAAUCUUCGCUGUUGGUGUCCGUUCGUAAUGAACCGGGCGCGCUGUUGCGUGUACUUGAGCCAUUUGAGCGCUUCGGUAUCAGCCUGACUCGGAUUGAAACCCGGCCGGCACGCUCCGGUGACUGGUCCUAUGUGUUUUUCAUAGACUUUGAUGGCCAUCAGAGCGACCCGCAGGCGAAACAGGUUAUUGAAGCGAUCAAAGCGGUGGCAUUUGAAGUCCGCUCUCUGGGUCUUCGCCCCUACCAGCCUGGCAAACCGAUAGACGAGCUGGCACGUGAGCUUGGUCUGGACAGUAUUAUCAAACUUGCAAGUAACGAAAACCCUCGUGGUCCGGGUGAGCUGGUGCAACAAGCUAUUCAACGCGAAACGGCAACGCUGUCGCGCUACCCUGACGGUAAUGGUUACGUCUUAAAGCAGGCGUUGGUGAAACAUACGGGCGUUAGAUCUGGUCAGAUUACCCUCGGUAAUGGUUCUAACGAUGUUCUCGAUCUGAUUGCCCGGGUUACCGUUGAGCCAGGGUGCCAGGCGGUCAUUUCUGAACACAGUUUUGUGGUCUACCGGCUGGCGGUAACAAUUGCCGGAGGUGGUUUGAUUGAAGUGCCGGCAAAAGAUUUUGGUACCGAUCUGGAAGCGAUGGCGGCGGCGAUCACACCUCAGACAACGGUGGUUUUUGUUGCCAAUCCGAACAACCCAACCGGUACCUGGGUUACCCAUAAUGCAUUCAAAGCCUUCCUUGAUAGUGUGCCCGAGCAUGUCUGGGUGGUGCUCGAUGAAGCUUACCUGGAGUACGCUGACCAUCCGGAAUAUCCUGAUGCCCUGGCGUUGCUGCAGGCUCAUCCGAACCUCAUUGUCACCCGAACGUUCUCAAAAAUUCAUGGGCUUGCGGCUCUGCGUGUCGGCUACGGUUUGUCUUCGGAAGCGUUUGCAGACCUGUUAAACAGAGCCAGGCAACCGUUCAAUGUUGGCAGCAUUGGUCUGGCGGCAGCAGCAGCUGCGCUGGAAGACCAGGAAUUUGUCAGUGUCAGCGUUGAUCUUAACAGUUAUCUGAAGCGCUCGUCCGUGUACACAAGCGCAAGCAAGCAAGCAAGUGAGUGGCUGUGCGGGUCGCUGGGUGCGGCCUGGCGUGCUGCAUCAUUUGCACGUCAUAUCGUCGGUGUUGAAACGAACCCCGUAGCAGCGAAGCUUGCUCUGGAGCUCGGACUGGUUGAUGAAAUAUGCGCAAACGUACCCCCGGAUGCUGAACUGAUUGCGAUAUGUACCCCUAGUGACCGUGUCGCAGAGCAGGUGAAAGCUCUGGCAUCGCUGCGGGUGCCGAUGUUUGACGUGGGUAGUGUGAAGGCACCGAUCAUCGAAGCGCUCCUUGCGGGCGGGGGUGUUUCACCAAAUUUUGUUCCCAGUCAUCCUAUCGCAGGCUCUGAUCGCAGCGGUCCCCAGGCGGCUGACGCCCAUCUGUUUGCCGGCGCAACAACGGUCCUGACACCGUUGGUUUCAACCGACAACAAUGCUUUACAGCGGGUUGAAUCAGCCUGGCGUGCCUGUGGCAGCGAAGUGACCCGUUUAUCGCCACAGGCGCAUGAUGAAAUGCUGGCGGUCACCAGCCAUCUACCUCACCUCCUGGCUUAUGUGUUCAUGCAGCAGGUAGACCCGGAUCAACUGGCUUACAGUGGAGGAGGUUUCCGCGAUUUCACGCGUAUUGCAGCGGCUAACCCCGAGCUGUGGUGGCGUAUUUUGUGCAUGAAUCGUCAGCAGGUGUUGGAUGCGGCAGCUGACUUUACGGCGCAUCUGCAGAGCUUCACUGAAGCAUUAGAGAAAAAUGACGAGGUCACAGGUUUGGCUGCCCUGCGUGCCGCUGCUGAGCGGCGGGGUAAAGGCACCCUGGCCAGACUGGUUGCGGACACGCUGGGCUGGCACCUGCUGGAUUCUGGUGCGCUAUAUCGCAUUGUUGGUGCCAUGAGCGUGCGUCGGGGUAUCGAUCUCGCAGAUGAAACCUCCGUGGCUGAAUUGGCGGGUGCGCUGCACAUCAGUUUUGCGGAUGAUCGCGUUAAGGUGGAAGACCUGGACCUCACCGAUGAAAUCCGCACUGAAGAUGCCGGUGAAAACGCCUCGAAAGUCGCCCAUCUGCCCGCGGUUCGCGCUGCUGUAUUUGAUCUGCAGCGCAGUUUCCGGCAAGCGCCGGGCCUGGUCGCCGAUGGCAGGGAUAUGGGUACCGUGGUUUUUACCGACGCAGCGCUGAAAAUCUUCCUUGAUGCCAGCGCUGAGGUGCGUGCUGAGCGGUCCAUCGUUACCGGCACGGUGGUUGAUAUUGACGCUGACUGGGUGGUUGUCCACGCAGGUGACCAGGUUAAAGUGGCCAUGGAAGUGGUCGACGAUGGUUGGGGUGAAACCCGCCUGUCCCGUGAGAAAGCGCGCCGCGCCGAGUCCUGGAUGCACCUUGAAGCCGCCCACGAAGGCAAUGAGGUGGUCACCGGUAUUAUCAACGGCAAAGUCAAAGGUGGCUUUACAGUUGAUAUCAAUGACAUCCGCGCGUUCCUGCCCGGCUCAUUGGUCGACAUCCGCCCAUUGCGUGAAACCGCGCAUCUGGAAGGUAAGCCCCUCGAAUUUAAAGUCAUCAAAUUAGAUCAGAAGCGCAACAACGUUGUGGUAUCACGUCGUGCGGUUCUGGAAGAAGAAAACAGUCAUGAGCGUGAAGCGCUGCUUGGUUCUCUGCAGGAAGGUCAGGACGUUAAAGGUAUUGUCAAAAACCUCACCGAUUAUGGUGCGUUUGUUGACCUUGGCGGCGUUGACGGUCUGUUGCACAUCACCGACAUGGCGUGGAAGCGUAUUCGUCAUCCGUCUGAAAUGGUUAACGUCGGCGAUGAAGUUGACGUUCGUAUCCUCAAGUUCGACCGCGAAAAGAACCGCGUCAGCCUGGGUAUGAAGCAGCUGGGUGAUGAUCCAUGGAUCAACAUCAUUCGCCGCUAUCCUGAAGGAUCACGCGUUCUGGCAACCGUCACCAACCUCACCGACUACGGCUGUUUUGCUGAAAUCGAAGAGGGUGUUGAAGGUCUGGUACACGUCUCUGAAAUGGAUUGGACCAACAAGAACAUUCACCCGUCAAAAGUUGUUUCGGUCGGUGAUCAGUGUGAAGUGAUGGUUCUGGAUAUCGAUGAAGAUCGUCGUCGCAUCUCCUUAGGUGUGAAACAGUGUCGUCCCAACCCAUGGGAAGAGUUCAGCCUCAGCCAUGCAAAAGGCGAUCGGAUCAGCGGCAACAUCAAGUCAAUUACCGACUUUGGUAUUUUCAUUGGUCUGGACGGUGGUAUCGACGGUCUUGUUCACUUGUCUGAUAUCUCCUGGAACGAAACCGGUGAAACAGCCGUGCGUCGUUACUCCAAAGGUGAAGAGAUAGAGACACUGAUUCUGUCUGUUGAUCCUGAGCGUGAACGUAUCUCCUUAGGCAUCAAGCAGCUGGACCAGGAUCCCUUCUCGGAUUACACCGCUGUCAACGAUCGCGGCACCAUUGUGAACGGCACCAUUAUCGAGGUGGAACCCAAAGAAGCUGUGAUUGAGCUGGCUGAAGAGGUCACCGGUGUUCUGAAAGCUUCUGAGAUCAGCAUUGAUCGGGUUGAAGACGCGCGCAACGUGUUGAACGUGGGUGAUCCGAUUGAAGUGAAAAUCAUCAGUGUCGAUCGCAAAAAUCGCACCAUUGGCCUGUCGAUCAAAGCGAAAGACAUUGAAGAAGAGCGAACAGCUGUUCGAGAACAUCAGCGUUCUGAAACAGAGCGUCCUGGGGCAGCAACCCUGGGUGAUCUGAUCAAGGUUCUUUUGCUUAUGACGGAAGAAAGCAUGACCAAGUCGGAGCUGAUUGAACGCAUUGUGGCAGCACAAGUGCAGCAAUCCGGCUCGUUACUGUCCAGCAAAGAUGUAGAGCUGGCAGUGAAGACCAUGAUCGAGCAGAUGUCCCUCACUUUGGAACUGCGAGACCGAGUGAACAGUGCUCUGCAUGCGGAGCUUGAGCAGCGCAAAAUGCAUGAUGGUGUUGGUGAUCAACAGGUAUUGGAUAGUUUUAACCAGUCCAACGACCCGAUGUCGCUCACUUUUGCCGUGUGGGAGACACCUUUUAAGCUGUCUAUGUUCUGGUGGAUGCUGGCCGCCUUCCUGAUCGGCCUGACCUUUGGUUUGUCCAAUGCGCUCUGGAUGAACGUUAAAGCCCGCAUGCAGGCGCGCAAGCUGAAACAAUCUCUGGCCCAGGCUGAAUCCGAACUAGAGCGUUUGCGCUCGCUGACUGUGCAGCCGCAGCAGGCGGUGAUCAAAGAUUACUAUCAGGGACUGAAUUUUCUAUUGGGAGACCGCCCGGAACUGGGUGUGGAUCGGUUUAUUGAUGGCAUGGAGGUGUCAGAUCAAACCAUAGAUGUCCAUCUGGCAAUGGCAGGUGUUGUGCGCCGACGCGGCGAAGUGGAUAAGGCCAUACGUAUUCACCAGAAUCUGCUGGCCUCCCCGGUUUUGAACCAAAUCAACAAACAGCUUGUGGAAAUGGAGCUGGCCCGCGACUACCACACAGCCGGCCUGUUUGAUCGCUCUGAAAACCUCUUACAACAGAUUGCCCAACGCAAAGGCUCGCAGGAGUUACCUGCAUUGGAACUUCUGUUAGAUCUCUUUGAGCAGGAGCGCGAAUGGCAACAGGGUAUAGACAUCAGCACAAAGCUGCUCAAAACGAAACCAGAGCUGCGUACCCGGGUGGCGCACUUUUAUUGUGAGCUGGCGGAGUUGAGUUUAGAGGCUGGCGAUGUGCGUAAGGCACUCGCGCUGGCUGGAAAGGCUGAGUCACUGGCACCCGCUGAAGCUCGGAGUCAUUGGCUGUUGGCUAAAGUCGAAUAUGCCCGAAAACACUAUAAGCCGGUGUUACGUCAUAUUCAGAAAGCGGUGGAGCUGGCACCGGAACUGGUUGGUCAUUAUGUGGAAGUGUAUCGCGCAGCCUGCGAAAGUAUGGGUCGUGAUGAUGAAUUUGAGCGUUUUGUGCGGCAUAGCUUGCGGCUUUAUCCUGACCCGCUCCUGUUGCAGGAUUUAAUCAAUUUUCGGCGUAAAAAUGGCAGGGAACUGGGUGCUGAUGAACUGAUUGAAGAAAUUACCCGCGCGCCCAGCUUCGGGCAUCUGCCUCUGUUGAUGGAACUGGGCCAACGCAAACCAGAAGCGGAAGACAUCCGCCUCACGGUGGCGCAGAUUGUAAAUAGUCAGGUUUCGUUUGCUUUGCCGCAAGGCAGUAUCAAUGUAAAUACCGCGUCGGCUGAAGUAUUGGCCGAGAUGUUAGACGGCAUCGGUGUCGCGCGGGCUCAGGCCAUAGUUGAAUAUCGCGAGAAGUUUGGUGAUUUUCUGAGCGUUGACGACCUGCUGGAUGUGCGUGGUGUCGGACCCGCUGUCAUCGAAGUGAACAAAGAUAAAAUUGCUUUUGUAGAUUAA